UCUAUCCACCUGGUGUUGUUUUAAGCAUUGUCUAUGAUUAAUAAUUAACUACUUUUAUGCCUGGUCGAAAAAAGAUGAUUAUCCCCAUGGAAGUUGAUUAUCCUAAUGGAUUACGCCACUAAAACAAGUUUGGACCCAUUCUUCUACUUCAUUACCCAGUUCCUGAAGGCAGGACCUUUAAAGGAAUACAAGAGGAGUGCUGUGCAGCUGUUACUGAUUUGUGCAACAUCCCAGAUAGUACGUACACUUGUUGCAGUGGCUAUACAAAGUUUGCAAGGGAUUAUAUUCUUGAGAUGGGAUCUUUCUGCUCAAACACUCAAUUUUGCCAAGGUGGUAUCUAUCAAGGGAGAUACAUUUAUUCCUACAAGCCUGGCAACUAGUGUAUCCUCGGGACUAUUGUGGAUGGUAAGAGGUGUCUCUAACUUGGGUGAUCUUGAAAGCCCCUCUUUGGCUCGUGUCAGGGUUAUCUCUGACUUUAAGGAAACCAGUCCUCAUGUUGUUCGGCAAGGGCCGACUGUUUUAGAAGAUGAUGAGAUCCCUCGGGGCAAGAAAUUGCUGGAAAAAUUGCAGGGAAUUAGAGUAUCCAUUGACGAAAAGGUUUUCUCGACAGCAGCUGAGGCUUUGAAAACAUCCAUGAGAAAAGGGACUUUAGAAAGAGAGGCAGAAAUGAUAAGAAAACAGUGAAGGGAUUCCAGCAACGGCAAAGGGACUACUCGGAACUCUUUGUAAUCCUCUUAGCUCAUGUAACCCUAGUGUCAUUUUUAUUUGUUUUCCUCACAUCUUUGUACCAAAAUGCUUGCAUUACCUUGUAUUAGUUUAAGAGCUGUGCCUUUGGAAGUUGCUAUGAAUUUGACUAAGCACCAAUUGCAGCCAUGUUGUAUGCAAUAUAUUGCUUUUUCAGUACAAUCCCUGUUUCAUUUUUA